AAAAAACAGGACCCUUUGAAUGUGCAGAAUGGCAAAAGCGACGUGUGGGCUCUGCUGAGGGGGCCCUGCGGACAAAAAGGCGCUGUGCUGAUAGCGAAACCCCGACCCAGAAAGCGAUGUCUGGAUGGACCCCAAAGCAGAACCGCUCCCACACAGUGAGGAGACUCCGGGCUCCCCCCCACAGCCCCAACUCACACUGUCCCUUUGCACUGCAGGGCAGCUGAGCUGCGUGGCCUUCGGAGGUCCCUUCCAACUCGAAGGGUUCUAUGGUUGGUUCUGUGAUCGUCGCCCCCAAACCGGCAGUGGGGCUGAAAUCACAGCCGUGCAGUAUCCCGAGCUGGAAGGGACUCCACGCAGCACCACCCAAAAAUGAGAGCAUAAAUUGCAGGGGGUGAUUCACAGCGGUGUGUAUAUGGAGUCAUCCCGGCUGCCCCAAGCCUUGGCAGUGCUGUGGGAAGGGUGGCCUGUAGGAAGGGCUACGUGGAAUCAGUAAGGUUGGAAAGGAGCACCGAGGGGUCUGACUGUCAUAAAGCAAUACCAGCCAGAUUGGGUGGUUGGGGGUGGAAUGGUGUGGGGUAUGGGGAGGACAGAGGGAUGUGUGGGGCCUGCAGUGGGAUGAAUGGGGUGAGGGGACCUGUGGGAGGUGUUGGUGGCCAGUCCUGGGCUGGGGGUUUGGGGUGUUAAUAGUGGGUACAGCCUGGCAGCAGUGGGACACGGCGCAGUAGGACCGGCCGGGAAGGGCUUCUUCCAGAUAGGCAAACCCCAAAUUCAUCACAGAAUCAUAGAGCCAAAGAACAGCUGGGGUUGGAAGGGACCUCGGAGCCCACCCAGCUCCAAGCCAUGCCGUGGGCUGCCUGCCCCAUCCAACCUGGCCUUGAGCAUCUCCAGGGAUGGGACGUUACUCUCCGUCCCCAGGCAAGCCUUUGGUCCCAGACUUCCCAUCUCCCUCCUGAUUCUGCUCUGUGUGCAGUGGGGAGCAGUCAAUAAAAACCUCUGUGUGUUACUUUGGGUUCAUGUGCUGCGUUGUGGAUCCAGAACCCUGCACGUCUCCCCCCGCCCAUCUGCUGCGCCCGCAGCGGUUUGGGUUUUGGAAACCUGGGGCAUGGGACAGGCAGAGGUCCACGUAUCCGUGGCAGCACAGGACAAAGGAUCUCUGUGCUGGAGCUGAAUGGUGCCUCGGGAAUUCCCAGGGUUGCUUAGGAACAAAUGCCGGAGGGGUGCAGAGCUGGGAGUGCUCCGAGUGAGAGCUGAGAGCUGACCGUGCCUCGAGAUGGGAGCGGGUUUGGAGGAGCACCGGGGCAUGGAUGGGGCUGGACAGGAUCAUCAAUCUAGUUGUUGGCAGCCUGACGUCCCUGCUGCUUGUGGUCACUCUGAUCAGUGCUUUUGUCUUCCCACAACUACCUCCAAAACCUGUGAAUGUAUUUUUUGCUGUCUGCAUCUUCUUGUGUUGCGUUUCUGCCGGCAUACUUAUCUACUGGUAUCGACAGGGAGACCUGGAACCUAAAUUCAGGAACCUAAUUUACUAUGUACUAUUCUCUAUCGUCAUGUUAUGUAUAUGUGCCAACCUGUACUUCCAUGAAGUGGGUAAAUGACAGGCAUUGGGAAUACCCAGCAGUGAUGCUGCUGUAUCAGACUGCUUUCAGCUCAGCUCUCGGCUCUACCUGAGACAUAUAUAAAUGAGGACAGUUAGCCUGAAAGAAGUGGAUUGUGCAAGGACAAAUCAGUACAUGAUUUUCAUGUAAAUGUAUAUGUAAUGUCCCUCUUGUUGGGGAGAAUUAUUGCCAUAAGAUGUGACAUUCUGCUUUUUUUUGAAGAGCUACUGUUGCACUUAAUGAACAUUCCAGUUGUACUGAUGUUUCUGAAUGGCACAAGCUUUUUCAUUUUGGAAAAAAAAAUGCAUUUUUUAUUAUUGUACAAAUAAACUGCAGCAUUGCAAGGAUCUGUAGCAGUAUAAAUAAAUGGCAUCUUACGGUUACAUAA